UUUUAUUGGGUGGUGUGCUUUUCAGCUUUUCGAUUGUUCCCCUUUCAAAAAUUCCAACACCAGUUAAUGCUACUCUAACGGGCUUUCCAACAUUCCAUCCUGAAUUUCAUAAUUAUAAUGUAGAAACAUGGUAUACGAUGCUCUUUUUCACGGGUGUCAUAGGAGUAGUUCAAAGUAUAUUUAUACUCAUAUGGUCGGCAAAAUAUCAGACAAUUAACUUUUUCAUAUAUCAUGGCGAAAAAACUCCAACAACUUCAUUUAAUUAUUUGAUUGCUGGUUAUGUUUUCAUAACUGGUACAAUUGGGAUUACUUAUAUUAUAUUUGAUCUUGGAAAAUUCUGGACAGCGCUUGCGAUAAUACAUAGUUUUUUUGAAGUUACUAUUAUGUUACUUUUACAUCAAAGAGGAAAUUUUAAUUCAAACUAUUAUAUUCUUCCGUGGAGUUUCCUUUACUUAUUAAUAUCCGAAGGAGUGACUAUUUUAUCGUAUUGGCCUCUUAAUGCUUUUUGGUUUAACUUUCAAGGUUAUGACAGUUUACCCCAACACGCCUCUGAUGAUGGAAGGGAAAGGGAAUCGGAAGAACAUGAUCGACCCAAUCAUCAUAUUAAUCAUCAUGGUCAUAUUCUUCAUGUGUCUUUAUUACCUGUCGCUGCGUUAUUUCACGUAGCGGGAAAUGGUUUAAAUACCAUUUUUUUGAUCGAAGGAAUUUCGAACUAUUUAUCUAGCUACUGUUACGGCUUCAUGUUUACUGCUUUAUGCUUAUUUGUGUAUCUGGAUACUCACUUGAAACCAAAUCACCCGAAAAGACCCAUUUUCAUACCUGAUACCUCCAUUUCAGCCUGUAUUUUAAUUAUCACCGCUUCAAUAGCACUCUCGGCUCUGUGUCUUAGGCUCG